AUGGAAGCAACCGCAGCCGGGGAGCCACUCCCGUCACUCCUCGAUCUCAUCACCAAAGUUGACAAUCUUCCCCUCGACUUUCCCGCCAACAGCAGCCCCUACUACAAGUUCCUCCUCCCGCCUGACCCCCGCCCGCACGGCUUCAUCCACCCCACCACCGCCGAGCACCUCCCGUGGCCCUCGUCCUUUGCCAUUGACCACGCUGCCGCCACCGUGACACUCGCCGUCCCCACGGCGGCCCUCGCCAACGCCGCGCUGCAGGCCGCCGUCGACGCCGCGCUCGCCUGCGGCCGCGACCGUUUCCCCACGCUCAGCGGCCUGCACAGCGAGCACUUUCUCAUCCCCGGCGUCGCGCCCGCCGCGUACCCGGACCCGGCGCCGCUCCGGGUCGAGCGCUUCGCCGCGACGCUGUUUGGCAUCAACACCCGCGGCGCGCACCUGACGGCCUACGUGCGCGACCCGGCGACGGCCGCCGUCGCCGGCAUCUGGGUCGCCCGCCGCAGCCGCUCGCUGCACACGUACCCGGGGAUGCUGGACAGCGCCGUCGCGGGCGGCGUCAAGGCCGACGACACCCCACGCGAGUGCAUGCUCGCCGAGUCGCUCGAGGAGGCGCGGCUGACGCCUGCGGUCGUGGCGCCGCGGCUUCGCCCCGUCGGCGUCGUCACCCUGGCGAACCGGAACCCGCGCACGGAGCUGGUCCACGGUGAGAUCCUGUACGUCUACGACCUGGAUCUCUCGCCGGAUGAAGGGACGGACGACGCAAGGGCCUCAGGCUUGGUGCCGCUGCCGGGCGACGAUGGCGAGGUGGAGGAGUUUAUGCUGAUGGGCUGGCAGGAGGUGCUGCGGCGGAUGAAGGCGGGCGAGUUCAAGCCGAAUGUGUGCGCCAUCAUGAUUGACUUCUUCAUUCGUCAUGGCCUCGUGACGCCAGAGACCGAGGAGCAGUACGUAGAGAUCUGCAACAGGCUACGCAGAAAACUGCCAAUGCCCACCAAUGGUCUUGAGACGUGGCCAUAG